AUGCAAUCCUCGAAAAUUAUGCCACCCUUUUCACAGUCAAAGCCUCUCUCAAAUGGGGUUUCCAAGAAUCCUCACGAUUUCACCAGAACAAACGUAGUCACCAUUGAUGUAGGUGGUCAACUCUUUCAAACAACGGUACAAACCCUAACCCUAGCUGGGUCCAAUACCCUUUUCUCCAAUCUCUUCAAUUCUUCUGAACAGAACAGUUCAAUCCCUUUUAUUGAUAGAGACCCUGAAUUGUUUUCGAUUCUUUUAUCUCUAUUAAGAACCGGGAAUCUUCCAUCAAAAGCCAAAACCUUUGAGAUUCAAGAUAUUGUUUUUGAAGCCAAGUUUUAUGGGGUUGAACAUCUUCUUGUUCAAUCGCAAUCUAACCCUUCGCAAUUUGAACCUUUUGAUCUUGAAAAAUCAAUGAUAUUGCCUCUCAGUGGCAGAGAUUCACCUUCUGCAAUCGCUACAACACCAUACGGGUCAGUCCAUGUCUCUCAUGGCAGCAAAAUCACGUCUUUUGAUUGGUCUUUACAAAGAAAGUCUACGACUUUGACCCAAUUCACGGCUAUUGAUUCUUUAUUAGCUUUAUCAUCAAAUGUUGUAGCAGCUGGUGCUACUGAUUUCUCCGGCUUGCAAAUCAUUGAUCUUGAAAUGGGUCAUGUUAGACAAACCAUAAAUUGGGAAAAUGUGACCAAAUCCGGUUCGACUGUUCAAGCAAUUGGAACUUCCCCUGAGCUUUUAUUCACUAGUUUUGAAUCAAGUCGCAGGAAUUCAAACUCUAUAUUGGUAUACGACCUGAAUGACAGCUUCAAAGUUGUAUCAGAAAUUGGGCAUAAUGAAAUCUUUGGUGCUGAUCUUGAUUCCGCAAUUCCAUCAACAAAAUUGAAUUGGAUUCCAAGUCUUAAACUGCUAAUGGCUUCUGGGUCUCACAGUGGACCAUCUGGCGUUUCAGCUGUUUUCAAGAUCGGAACAAAUUCUGGAGAGGUUUCUUACAUUGAUUUUAGGAGCAUUUUGUCUGCUAAUUCUUGGAAUUGUCUUGGUGAUUCAAGAAAAGUGAUGAAUGUGAAGAAAGAAGGGUAUGGUUGUAAGAUUGAAAGUCAUGGGAAUCAAGUUUUUUGCAGUAAAGAAGGUGAAUUGGAGCUGUGGUCUGAGGUUUUGAUGGGUUCUUUGGGAACCGGUAAAAAUGGGAAAGAAGAGAGGGUCUUUAAGAAGAACAUGUUGGGUAGGUCGAAGGAUUUAGGACAAAAUAGGAUCACAAAUCUAGGGUUUGGUGGAAACAAAAUGUUCGUUACUAGGAAAGAUCAGCAAUUUGUCGAGGUCUGGCAAAGCUCUGUAAGAAGAUCUUGA